AUGUCUGAGGCAAAGAAAAUUAAGCUGAAUUCCUCUGGAAUGGAACAACGCAACAGGUUUCGCAAGAUGGGCAAGCGGAAUUAUUACGCCAAGGCGAACGAGCACGGUACAGGUGAAGGAAUGAGAGAUCGCAACAUGAAACCGGGCCAUCGUGGGUUUCUGGUAACGUGUAACGGACAUGUUCGCGAUUGUGUCCGUGAUAGUUACCGCAUCUUGAAUGCUUAUGCAGAUGAGCUGUAUGGUGCAUUGGACAAAACCGCUCCGGAGGAUAGUGAGAAUCAGCAACAAGCCGAUGCAGCAAGUGAUGAAGAGGACAUUUCGAUUAAGCUGCAGAAAGAGGCAGAGGCGGCCGGUAAACCGAACAACAAAGCUUUCCGCUUCCAGAGCGUAGACAGCGGAGCCAUGAAUUGUCUUUUCAUUCAGACAUCUUUACCGGAUCCGAAUGAACUGACGAGCAAGAUUAUGAAGGAUUUGAAUGACACCAAACAACACAAAUCUCGCUUCAUACUGCGAAUGUUGCCGAUUCAGGCGGUAUGCCGCGCCAACCUUAAGGAUAUAAUCGACGUUGUUGGUAAGCUAAGCGACCGGCACUUUCUGAAGGAGCCGAAAACAUUUGCGAUCUUAUUUAACCGUCGGCUAAAUAAUGAUCUCUCCCGAGACGAUGUAAUCCGCGAACUGGCCGAACUUAUCACAGCCAAGAAUGCGGGCAACAAGGCGAAUCUUAAAAACCCGGAUUUAGCGGUGAUCGUUGAAGUGAUCAAGGGUCUGUGUUGCAUCGGAAUCCUGCCCGAAUAUUACCAGCUGCGAAAGUACAACCUGGUUGAACUGGUUGUCUCACAGGAUCCAAAGAAAGCGCCAGCAUCGGAAGAGGUCGCAGUAGCUAAGGCGAAUGAAUUGGAAGAAGAAACUACCGAGAAACAUCAACCGGAUCAUGUGCAGAGUGGACCAGAGGAAAAAAAUACAACCUUGCCGGAUGAAGUAGCCGAGUAA